UGUGUGCACGCGUGUAUGUAUGCACAUUUAUUUAGUACAUGUAUCACGUGUAUCCGAAACGCCUACGAAACCACACGAAUGAAAGCGAAAUAAACCGAACUUUGUAUCAUUCGAGGAUUUGCCAUAGUUAAAUUUUGCUUAAGAUGUUACAUUACACAUGUACUUAUAUAUGGAUACGUUUGUAUUUGUAAUACUUAAAACCGAACAAUUUUUGAAGCUACGGUGACAAAAAUUAUUUACCAUGUUGUAUUAACAAAAAAGACUUUACUUAAAGAUAUUUUUAAAAUUGUGAAAUGAUGUAUUCUAACGGUAAAAUUGCGGAAUCACCAAUCACUGUAUCAGAUUCACCACCUACAGUAAGCCCACUUUUUACUUCUUCUAUUGUAUUACAACGUGAGGGAACUAUAAAUCAACCUCUUAGUGCACCUGCAUCACCUUUGUCUUCCUUGUCAUCUCCUAUAACUCAAUUAAAUUUGUCAUCACCUGAAGACUGUACACAAGAUCCUAAUUGGCAAGCAACAAAGCCUACAGUUCGUGAACGAAAUGCUGCCAUGUUUAACAAUCACUUAAUGGCUGAUAUUAUAUUUAUUGUUGGUAGUCCAGGUCAUACACAAACUAUACCAGCACAUAAGUAUGUUUUAGCUACUGGUAGUUCUGUAUUUUAUGCAAUGUUUUAUGGUGGAUUGGCAGAAAAUAAAAGAGAUAUAGAAGUACCUGAUGUAGAGCCAGCUGCUUUUCUUGCUCUACUGAGGUAUAUGUAUUGUGACGAAGUACAGUUAGAAGCUGAUACAGUUCUGGCAACACUUUAUGUUGCUAAAAAAUACAUAGUCCCUCAUCUAGCAAGGGCAUGUGUUAAUUAUUUAGAAACAAGUUUAACAGCAAAGAAUGCAUGUUUAUUAUUAAGUCAAUCGCGUUUAUUUGAGGAACCAGAUCUCAUGCAACGUUGCUGGGAAGUUAUAGAUGCUCAAGCAGAAAUGGCAUUAAGAUCAGAUGGUUUUGUGGAUAUUGAUAUUCAUACCCUUGAAUCAGUGCUUUCUCGUGAAACAUUAAACUGUAAAGAAAUUCACAUAUGGGAUGCUGCAUUAAGAUGGGCUACUGCUGAAUGUAUUAGACAAGAACUUGAACCAACAGCAACAAAUCAAAGACGAUUAUUAGGUUCUGCUUUAUAUUUAAUUAGACUUCCUGCUAUGAAUUUGGAAGAAUUUGCCAAUAGUGCUGCUCAGACUGGAAUUUUAACGCAACAAGAAACAAUUGAUGUUUUCUUGCAUUUCACUGCUAGUAAUAAGCCCCAGCUUUGUUUUCCUACCAAACCUCGACAGGGCUUAAAAACACAGGUGUGUCAUAGGUUUCAAUCAUGUGCAUAUAGAUCAAAUCAAUGGCGUUAUAGAGGCAGAUGUGAUUCAAUUCAGUUUAGUGUUGACAAAAGAAUUUUUGUUGUUGGUUUUGGACUCUAUGGAAGUUCAUCUGGUGCCGCUGAUUAUAAUGUUAGAAUUGAACUGAAAAGAUUAGGAUGCGUUUUAUCUGAAAAUAGUACUAAAUUCUUCUCUGAUGGUUCAAGUAGCACGUUUCAUGUAUAUUUUGAAAAUCCAAUUCAGAUAGAACCAGAAUACUUUUAUACAGCUAGUGUGAUAUUAGAUGGAGGGGAGUUAAGUUACUUCGGACAAGAAGGCAUGUCAGAGAUCACGGUUGGUAACGUGAAUUUUCAAUUUCAAUGCAGUUCAGAAAGUACGAAUGGUACCGGUGUACAAGGAGGGCAAAUACCUGAAUUAAUUUUUUAUGGACCACCGGUAGAUGACUGACGGAAAUUUAUGACAGAGAUAAUGGUUUAAUGGUGGUGCCCAAAAAUGUGUACCUUGGAAUUAAUCAAGGUUUUGUGUGAUUGUUGUUUUAAGUACUACUUUUAAAUGAAUGACUAAAGUUGUGUAACAGGUGCACUCUUAAAUUUCAAUAUGCAUUUAAAAUUUUGUAUAGUAUUUUAAUGAAUACGUUGUAAAAACAAAAUAAUUUCGUUUAAUUUGCUUUAUCUUUUUAAAUUAUGGUUUUAUUUAUUCAAGUUAAAUUAUAAAAAUGAUUUACAUUAUUGCAUUACUUAAUUGCAAAGAGUAAUACCAAAUUUUCACCGUUUCAAGAAUUUUAGUACAAAUUAUUUCGUAAGAAUAUAUUUUCCUAAAACAAAACUAGAAAUGUAUAAAUACAGAAAUUAAUAUUUGUUUUUAUACUACCAUAUUUUAAAAUACAAUCUUAUAAAACAUUGUACUACUUCAAAAAUAAGAAAAUAUAAAUUCUAUUUAACAUGAAAUUUAAAUUUAAACGAAUAAAAUAAUUUUCUUCUCUAAAUAAUAACUUCUUUGAAAGAGUGCAUCUUUUAUCUUCUACAACACAUUCAAAUUUUGUUUGAAAGAAAUUUACUUUUCUCACACAACUUAAAUACAUGAAAAGUCAUUUGUAAAUAUACAAGCAAAGUUUUAUGAGAAUAUUUGUUAGUAAAUUUUAAGAGAACAAAAAUGUAAAAAUAGUCUUUAAAAUAAUAGGAAACGAGAAAGUUGAUAAGUGCUAUUUGAAAGAAUUUACUAUCUUUCAAAUUACUGUUGAAUAAUAAUAUUUAAAAAAGAAGUAAAUGAAGUUCAAUUAAUUUGAAAAAUAUUGUUAUUAUGACUAAUUAAUUUAAUUAGAAAAUACUUUUAUAAUCUUUACAUUACAAUUCUGCUUCAGAUCAAAGUAAUUUAAACACGAUUUAGUUAAUAUUUUAUCGAGUAGAAUACUAAUUUCAAAGCAUUCAACAGUCAUUAAGCACUUAAAGCAAGUUUGAAAUGUAUUAUGUUUGAAACUGCCUAUUUACUGCAAUGUAAGUUUUACAUCUUAAUAUCACCAUUUGUUUUUGUUUUUUUUUUUUUUUAAUUUUAUUGGUGAAGAAUGAGACAUAUUAUGCUCAUUUUUUUAAACUUGUUGCUUUCUUAAAAAACAACAUAUAAUCAUAAAUCACACGAAUGGUAUUAAGUUAUUUGAAAAAUGUACUGUUAAAUUAUUAAAUUCUUAAGAUAAAAGA